AUGGACUUGGAGCUCUCGAAGCUGCGCAACAAGAGCAAGAAGGGAUACCAGCAGCUGCAGUCGGAAGACACGGAAGCACCAGCGAGCGAGCGACCUGGCAUGGCUUCCAACGGCAGGGCAACGAGAGCGUACAAUAAGAAGGGAAAAGGCAGAGCAAAAUACUCUGAUGAUCCAGAGGAUGAAGUGAAUCUUCUCCACGGCGAUGAGUUUGACGAGCAUUACGCGGAUGACCCAGAGGACGCAGAGGCCGGCGGGCAGUUACCUCCAAGUGAGCCACCAAAGCGCCCGACUCCGGUGCGCCAACAGAGCGGCAAGGACAAGUCACGAACUCGUACUAUAGAAAAGCUCCAGAACAAGUUUCCGGCCAAUGUCGUCCGGAACCAGAAAUACAACGUCUUCACCUUCCUACCGAUAGUGUUCUACGAGCAGUUCAAGUUCUUUUUCAACUUGUACUUCCUGCUCGUAGCACUGUCUCAGUUUAUACCGGCACUCAAGAUUGGAUAUAUUGCGACGUACAUCGCUCCUCUAGCAUUUGUACUCGCAGUCACGAUGGGCAAGGAAGCGUACGACGACUACAAGCGACAUCUGCGCGAUCAAGAGGCCAACUCUGCAAAGUACUUGAUUCUGGAGCCAGCAACGGCAGACUCAUCCGACGCGCCACCGACAAGGGCCAUCCCAUCGUCCAAGUUACGUGUCGGAGAUUUGUUGGUUCUGGAGAAGAAUCAACGUAUACCCGCAGACGUCGUGCUACUUCGAACUAGUGAAAGCAGUGGAACCUGCUUCAUCCGUACUGAUCAACUGGACGGUGAAACUGAUUGGAAGCUCAAGGUUGCGGUCCCCUCGUGUCAAAAGCUUGCCAGUGAUCGAGACCUCCUGACAUUGGACGCGGAAAUUUACGCCGAUGCCCCAAUCAAGGAUAUUCACUCUUUCAUUGGCACAUUCUCUAUACAUCGAUCCGGAGCAAACGAUUCGGAAUUGCCAAUGGUACCAAAGGUUGAGCCACUGUCGGUGGAGAAUGUUCUCUGGGCUAAUACCGUGCUCGCCGCCGGUACAGCUGUGGGAUUUGUGAUUUAUACUGGCUCGGAGACGAGAGCGGUGAUGAAUACCAGCCAUCCCGAAACCAAGGUUGGGUUGUUGGACCUUGAGAUCAACAGGCUAGCAAAGAUCCUUUGCGCAGUGACGUUUGCGCUCUCGAUUGUACUGGUCGCCCUCAACGGCUUCAGAGGGCAAUGGUGGAUUUACGUCUUCCGCUUCCUCAUCCUUUUCUCCUCAAUUAUUCCGAUCAGUUUGCGUGUCAACCUUGACAUGGGCAAGACAGUGUACGCUCAUCAAAUCAUGAACGACCCAGAAAUUCCAGACACAAUCGUACGAACAAGCACUCUCCCAGAGGAGCUUGGUCGCAUCGAGUAUUUGUUGAGCGAUAAAACUGGUACUCUGACGCAAAACGAGAUGGAGCUGAAGAAGCUUCACAUGGGAACAAUGUCUUAUGGCUCAGACUCCAUGGACGAAAUAGCACAUCAGCUAGCUACUGCGUUUGGUGUCACUGCAGAACAAAUGAUGCAACGUGUAAGCACCAUUACUGGUGCUCAAUUGGCAACGCGAGGCCGUCGAGACAUUUCGUCUCGUGUUCGUGAUGUAGUCCUCAGUCUGGCCCUCUGCCACAAUGUUACACCGGUUACCAACGAUGAUGGGACUGUUACGUACCAAGCAUCUUCGCCUGAUGAAGUCGCCAUUGUCAAAUGGACCGAAUCCGUCGGGCUGCGACUGACGUUUCGCGACCGAACCAAGAUCGAGCUGCAAACCCCUCAGUCGACGACAAUCUCUUUCGAAGUUCUCGAGCUAUUCCCUUUCACCUCGGAAUCUAAACGGAUGGGCAUCGUUGUUCGUGAUAUGCAGUCUGGCGAAAUCAUGUUCCUGCAGAAAGGAGCUGAUGUUGUCAUGGCCAAGAUUGUUCAACGAAACGACUGGCUCGAGGAAGAAUGCGCAAACAUGGCCCGUGAAGGACUUCGUACCUUGGUUGUGGGCAGGAAGAAACUCAGUGAAGAGGCCUACAUGCUCUUCAAGGAGAAGCACCACGAGGCCAGCAUUCGUCUCGAAGGUCGUAACGAAGCGAUGAACAAGGUGGUGGCUGAGCACUUAGAGCUCGACUUGGAACUACUUGGAGUCACCGGUGUAGAGGACAAGCUACAGGAAGGCGUCAAGUCGACACUCGAGCUGUUGAGAAAUGCCGGAAUCAAGAUCUGGAUGCUUACAGGGGACAAAGUCGAGACUGCGACCUGCAUCGCCAUUUCGACCAAACUGGUGGCAAGAAAUCAGUACAUUCAUCAAGUUCAGAAACUGAAAACCAGUGACGCCGCUCGGGAACAGCUGGAAUUUCUACAAUCAAAACUGGACUGCUGCCUCGUGAUUGAUGGAGAGUCCCUGCAGCUCUGUCUCAACACGUUCCGAAACGAAUUUAUCGAAAUCUCGACCAAGCUUUCCGCUGUUGUCGCCUGCCGAUGUUCACCGACGCAAAAGGCAGACGUAGCACGGCUGAUUCGCGAAUAUACCAAGAAACGAGUAUGCUGUAUUGGUGAUGGAGGAAACGAUGUUAGUAUGAUUCAAGCGGCUGAUGUCGGGGUUGGUAUUGUCGGCAAAGAAGGAAAACAAGCGUCACUCGCAGCAGACUUUUCUGUGACGCAAUUUAGCUUCCUCACUAAACUACUAAUGUGGCAUGGCCGGAACUCGUACCGUCGUUCCGCGAAGCUUGCCCAAUUCGUCAUCCACCGAGGUCUUAUCAUUUCGAUCAUUCAAGCCGUAUUCUCAGCAAUCUUCUAUUUCGCGCCUAUCGCGGUCUACCAGGGAUGGCUCAUGGUCGGCUAUGCGACCGUCUACACGAUGGCUCCUGUCUUCUCCUUGGUGCUGGAUCGAGAUGUGAGCGAAGACUUGGCACUCCUGUAUCCAGAACUCUACAAGGAAUUGACAAAGGGCCGACAACUCUCCUUCAAGACUUUCUUCUCAUGGCUGCUCAUCAGCGUCUAUCAAGGCGGAGCAAUCAUGAUCAUGUCGCUCGUGCUCUUCGAGAAUGAGUUCCUAAACAUCGUCGCGAUUUCGUUCACUGCCUUGAUUCUGAACGAACUUAUCAUGGUCGCUCUAGAGAUUACCACAUGGCAUGUUUAUAUGAUCAUCUCUGAGGUCGUCACUCUUUUCGUGUACGCCAUAAGCAUGGUGUUCCUGCCUCAAUUUUUCGACCUCACCUUUGUAUUGUCGGUUCGGUUCGCAUGGAAGGUGGCAGUCCUUGUGGCCGUCAGUUCCGUCCCUCUCUACAUCAUCAAACUUGUCAAGGCUCGCAUCUCCCCCGCGGUGUACAGUAAACUUGUUUAA